AUGCUUCUACCCCCCACGCUCUACACGAUUCUCAGCUCGGUCCGGCUCAAGCAGGAGGAGACAGUUGUGCUUAUGCAGCCCACUAAUCGACCAAACCAUAUCUAUGCGGUCAGAAGCAUGGAGGGAAACAUCAAGAACCUCUCAAAAUUCUAUUUUAUCAUCCCAGGCCACCCCGAUGUCUCACCUGAAAAGACAGUUGUCUUUGUCGAUGCCUGCGAAUAUGCGGCCGAAUCGGACAAGAUCGUCUCACAUCUCCAUGCCGGCAUGUCAGAGCUCUUCAUUCAGCGCGUUUUUCGGGAGUUCAAAGAUACAGACGACAUCUGUAUGCUGGUGACAACCUCAGCUGCAUCACACGGCCUUGACAUGCGUAACAUAACCCGGCUUAUAUGCCACGGUGUUCCAACCACGGAAAUCGAACAACGGCAGCGAUGCGGCCGCGCUAGUCGUGAUGCUUCUCUGGCGUUUAAACUUGAGGAUAGUGAGAACCCAUCAAACAAAGAAAAGCGAACUGAGAGUGCUGUAUGCGAAUAUGUAUCACUCAAAACCUGUCGGAGGCAAUGGUUAGCAGCCCGAGACAGUGAUACAAGCCCAGAAGAUGCUGAAAUCGACGAUGGUGAGAUGAGCGACAGCAGCACGAAGAAGAAGAAGAAGAAACCUACAAAUGGCCACCCCAAAAAAGCGUCUCGACAUAAGGACGGUCACAAGGAGCUACGGAAGCGCCUCGAAACAUGGCGAGAGGAGUCAGCUGACGAUCUGCUUAUUUGCGAGCCUCGUGAGCCUCUCACCACUAUCAAACACAUUGUUACUGCUCUUAGCGAAAAUAGUGAAUGGGGCGAGCUCUGUAGCCCCGGCAUACUCGCAGUUAUUGAUGCGUUUGAUGCAGAGAUUGUCAUUACAAAGCGACCACUUCGAACUCAACUCAGCGCAGACAAUGGGACGUUCAAGGAACGCAUGUACAGCUGGACCCUCAACGUCAACACCACAGCCUGGAACACGUACGGGCUUGAUCACACACAGCUGCUACGCUCUCAGCAAGCAGCCACCCUCUCGAUCUCAGCAUCAACCUCUCAGCCACUCCAAGCUGCUGAGUGGAUUAAUUACGAUCCUCACCACCCCGAGUUUGAGCCUGCAGCGCCAGCAGCUUCAUUUUUACGAUCAAAGGUUUCUGUAUCCACUACAGGCGCUUCAUCAUCAGCAAAACACCCACUCCCCAAUAGCUCUUCUCAGCCAGCCACAUCUGCAAUUAAGCGUCCCCGGCCUCGCCAAAAAAAGCUCGAUAAUAUGUAG